CCGCAGAGCGCCGGGGGCGGGAGGAACGCGCGCUGGAGGCUGUUAUGGCCGCCGCUGCCGGCUGUUGAGGGGCUCCGCCCGCGAGCGCCCGCCGCCGCCGCGGACGAUGGUGACCGCACGGGUAGGUCCGCUGCCGCCGCCGCUGCCACCGCCUCCCAAGACGCAGCAACCAAGGCCUGGCUCAGAGGAGCCGCCGCUGUGAACCGCGCUGUCCCGGCCCCCGUCGCCAGUCGAGAACGGGAGGGUGGGCAAGAGAACCGGGGAGUCGCAGAGCACACCCGUCCGCCCGCCGGCAGGAAAGCCCCGCACCAAGGGGAGCAGCAGCCCGAGGUCUGCUCCAAGGAGAAAAAAACAUGGCUGCAAAGGAGAAAUUGGAAGCAGUGUUAAAUGUGGCCCUUAGGGUGCCAAGCAUUAUGCUACUGGAUGUCCUGUACAGAUGGGAUGUCAGCUCCUUUUUCCAGCAGAUCCAAAGAAGUAGUCUCAGUAACAACCCUCUUUUCCAGUAUAAGUAUUUGGCUCUUAAUAUGCAUUAUGUAGGUUAUAUCUUAAGUGUUGUGCUACUAACUUUACCCAGACAGCAUCUGGUUCAGCUUUACCUGUAUUUUUUGACCGCCCUGCUCCUCUAUGCUGGACAUCAAAUCUCCAGGGAUUAUGUUAGAAGUGAACUGGAAUCUGCCUAUGAAGGACCAAUGUAUUUAGAACCUCUCUCCAUGAAUCGGUUUACCACAGCCUUAAUAGGUCAGCUGGUGGUGUGUACUUUAUGCUCCUGUGUCAUGAAAACAAAGCAGAUUUGGCUCUUUUCAGCUCACAUGCUUCCUCUGCUAGCACGACUCUGCCUUGUUCCUCUGGAGACUAUUGUUAUCAUCAACAAAUUUGCUAUGAUUUUUACUGGAUUGGAAGUUCUGUAUUUUCUUGGGUCAAAUCUUUUAGUACCAUAUAACCUUGCUAAGUCUGCGUAUAGAGAAUUGGUUCAGGUGGUGGAGGUAUAUGGCCUUCUAGCCUUGGGAAUGUCUCUGUGGAAUCAACUAGUAGUUCCUGUUCUUUUUAUGGUUUUCUGGCUUGUUUUAUUUGCUCUUCAGAUUUACUCCUAUUUCAGUACUCGAGAUCAGCCUGCAUCACGUGAGAGGCUUCUUUUCCUUUUUCUGACAAGUAUUGCUGAAUGCUGCAGCACUCCUUAUUCCCUUCUGGGUUUGGUCUUCACAGUUUCUUUCGUUGCCUUGGGUGUUCUGACACUCUGCAAGUUUUACUUGCAGGGUUAUCGGGCUUUCAUGAAUGAUCCUGCCAUGAAUCGGGGCAUGACAGAAGGAGUUACACUCUUGAUCCUGGCAGUGCAGACGGGUCUGAUAGAACUACAGGUGGUUCAUCGGGCAUUCCUUCUCAGUAUUAUCCUCUUCAUUGUAGUAGCUUCUAUCCUACAGUCCAUGUUAGAGAUUGCAGAUCCUAUUGUUUUGGCACUGGGAGCAUCUAGAGACAAGAGUUUAUGGAAACACUUCCGUGCCGUGAGCCUUUGUUUAUUUUUACUGGUUUUCCCUGCUUAUAUGGCUUAUAUGAUUUGCCAGUUUUUCCACAUGGAUUUUUGGCUUCUUAUCAUUAUCUCCAGCAGCAUCCUCACCUCUCUUCAGGUUCUGGGAACACUUUUCAUUUAUGUCUUAUUUAUGGUUGAGGAAUUCAGAAAAGAGCCAGUGGAAAACAUGGAUGAUGUCAUCUACUAUGUGAAUGGCACUUACCGCCUACUGGAGUUUCUUGUGGCCCUCUGUGUAGUGGCCUAUGGAGUCUCAGAGACCAUCUUUGGAGAAUGGACAGUGAUGGGCUCGAUGAUUAUCUUCAUCCAUUCCUACUACAAUGUGUGGCUUCGGGCCCAACUAGGGUGGAAGAGUUUUCUUCUCCGCAGAGAUGCUGUGAAUAAGAUCAAAUCAUUACCUGUUGCUACAAAAGAGCAGCUUGAGAAACACAAUGAUAUUUGUGCCAUCUGUUAUCAGGACAUGAAAUCUGCUGUGAUCACACCUUGCAGUCAUUUCUUCCAUGCAGGGUGUCUCAAGAAAUGGUUGUAUGUCCAGGAGACCUGCCCUCUGUGCCACUGCCACCUUAAGAACUCCUCCCAACUCCCAGGAUUAGGAACUGAGCCAGUUCCACAGCCUGAUGCUGGACCUGAGCAAAACAUAGUGCAUCCGGAAGGGACUGAACCCUCAGAUCAGGAGCAACCUGGAGGGACCAGCAUUCAAGAAGGUCCUGGUGACAAUAAUGAGUGCUUUGCCAGAAGAUCACAUAGCGAGGAAGGGACUUUUGAUCCCAAGGAAUAUCCUCUCAGUGCAAAAGAUGAAGCAUGUCCUGUUGCAGUCAACCUAGAUGAAAAGAAGUAGGAAUAAGCCUUCAACAUUCUAGAGGAGAGUUAACUCAAGAUGGAAUUUAUGCUCAGAUUUGAGGGAUAUAGAGGUGAUCAGGCAGGAAACGGACAUUCCAAGGAUCUGAUCCAGGAUGUGCUCUCAGUGGAGACCACCUGCUUCAUCUCCUUGACACUGGGAAAAAUUUAGCAGUGUAUGCUAAUCAAAAUGCAUUUAUAUAUUCUAUGCUGAUGUUCUGUAGAGGUUUGCCAAGAAAAUUCAGCUUCAACAACUUCAGAAACUGCCCCUGAUUUGUAAGCAGUCAGUCAGAUUUGAGUGUCUAGAAGGGGCUAAGGAAAGGUAGAUGAAGCAAAAGCAUGAGGACAGCAUGGGAAGAAGUAGCAGGAGGAAGUAGAGCAGACAUUUCACUUUCUGUGGGACAGGAUCAUUUUUGUUAACAAAAUUUGAGUAGUUACUAGCCCUUUUUCUCCACCCCCUUUUUCCUCAGUUAGUUGGAAUUCAGUCAGGUGAUUUUGAGUUUUUGUACAGCACUGAAAUGAAAUCAAAGAUGUAAAGGCAUUGAUUGUAUUCAAAGAUUGAAGCACACUCAUACUUUGGAUGUGCUUUAGGGGAGGGGCGGGUGGGCACUUGGGCCUUGCGGGGUGCAUUCAUGUAAUCUGAGACUCUUGAACUUCAUGAUGGAGUCUUCAAUAUUUUGAUGUAUAUGAAACUUUUGUUAAUAUAUUGUAUACUGUGUUGGCUGUGUGAAGUAAACUAAAACUCUAAUGAACACUUUGGAGUCUACUCUAGUGUAGGAAACCCAAGUGGGAAGGGCUUUAGGGCACUGAGGAAGGCCCUAGGUGUACUUUUCAAUCCUGUGUAAUGUUUAAUUCUUGCAACUGGAUCAAAAACAGUGUUAAAUUAUGGCAAUAUUUGCAUUUUGGGAAUGAGUACAUAACUGUAUGAUCACACUCUGCAAAUGCCACUUUUAAAACUGUUAAUAGACUUUGCACCUUUUCUUUGACAAGGUUGUGUCAUAUUUAAAUUUUUACAUUCAUCAUGGCUACAGGUAGAACUGGGGAGGGGGGAAUGAAAUUUUUUAUGGGAAUUUUGAUAUGAAAAGAAAUUAGUCAUUUAUUUAUACAAUAGGCUUGGCUCAAAAAGUGUUUUUCAGACUUGGUAUUCCUAAUGUGGGAUGUGACUUUAUUUUAUUUUUAGUAGUAAAUUUGAAUGUAGACUGACAGACAUAGCUGAAUGUCUUAAUAAAUUUAAAUUUGAAGAUAA